UCAGAUCCGUAUAUCGUAUAGUCGACUCAACUCCAGUGGUGUGGAUCUUGGAAAGCGAUUCCGUGUCCGUCCACUCUCUCUCUUUCCUGGACAAAACACGGAAUCUCUCUCUCCUUCUGACUUCUUCUUUCUCAUUUCCACUUCUUCGAUCUCUAAUUCCGGAGGUCAUCUUGCCGGUGGCGUCGUCGUCUAAUUAUGGAUUCGCGUAGAAGAAGACCUGGAGGACUGAAUGUGUUAUGCUAUGCUUUUCUCUUUCUCUUAAUUUCAGUUUCUGUUUUCGCUCAGGAUACAGAAGUGGAGGAAUCGAAUAAGGAAUUGCCAAAGGGAUCUGUUAAAGACUUAGGUCGCCGUAGUAAAAUAGUAUUAGACCCCCUUGAUAAUGAAAACAACAACAACAAUAAGAAUGAUAUCAAUGAUGUGCUUGGGGAUGUUGGAGUUGGUGAAUUUGCGGGAUCUGAUGGUCUUGGAGUCUUUGAUGCUUUCUUUGCCAGUUUGUCUAUGAUCCUAGUUAGCGAGAUUGGAGAUGAAACGUUUAUUAUAGCAGCACUAAUGGCUAUGCGCCACCCAAAGUCGAUUGUUCUGUCUGGUGCACUUUCUGCAUUGUUCGUGAUGACGGUGCUUUCUACUGGACUUGGUCGGAUAGUGCCAAAUUUGAUAUCAAGGAAGCACACAAAUAGUGCAGCUACAGUUCUGUAUGCAUUUUUUGGGUUACGUCUUCUUUACAUUGCUUGGAGAUCAGAAAAGGCAAAUCAGAAGAAGGAAAUAGAAGAAGUAGAAGAGAAGUUGGAAGGGGGGCAAGGAAAAUCAACUUUUCGCCGAUUUUUGUCAAGAUUUCUAACUCCAAUCUUUUUAGAGUCUUUUAUUUUGACAUUUCUAGCUGAAUGGGGUGAUCGCAGUCAGAUUGCCACAAUCGCCCUUGCAACUCAUAAAAACGCAGUUGGUGUAGCCGUUGGAGCCUGUAUAGGUCACACAAUUUGCACAUCAAUAGCUGUAGUAGGAGGAAGCAUGUUGGCCUCAAAGAUUUCACAAGGAACAGUUGCAAUGGUCGGUGGCCUGCUCUUCCUCGGCUUCUCUUUAUCAUCUUAUUUCUAUCCUCCAAUGUAUCCCCAUUCCCAAACUCAGAAAGAAAAAAGUUUCCACAGUACAGUGGAUGUUAAUAGACUCCAUGGAGAAGCAAUAAAGACGGGUUUCAUUGGAGAUAUUCAAUACUGCAACCAUCUUCUGAAUUUAUAUGGGAGAAAAUGUGAUGUUCUCGGGGCACAAAAAUUGUUCGAUGAAAUGCCUGACCGGGAUGUUAGAACGUGGACUAUUCUGAUUAAAGGUUUUGCUCUGGUGAAACGUUAUGAAGCUUGUUUGGAUCUUUUUAAGCAAAUGCAAACUCAAAAUAUUUUUCCGAACUGUUAUACGUUAUCUUGUAUCAUGAACUGUUGUGCAAGCAUCACGAAUCUGAAAAUUGGUAAGGCGAUUCAUGGAUGGAUCAUUGCAAGUGGGGUUGACUUAGAUGUUUCUUCAGAGAAUUCUAUUGUUGAUUUUUAUGUUAAAUGUGGAGCUUUUGAUUCUGCGAGUAGAAUGUUUGAAUUGAUGAAUGAGAAGGAUACAGUGUCGUGGAAUAUUAUGAUUGGUGGGUAUUUACAAAUCGGAGAUACAGAGAAAUCGAUUGAGUUAUUUAGAAGAUUGCCUGUGAAAGAUGUUGCGAGUUGGAAUAUCAUAAUUGUUGGGCAAAUGAGAAAUGGGUUCAACGGAGUUGCGUUGGAGCUUCUGCAUCAGAUGAGGGGAAGUGGGUGUCUGUUCAAUGAGAGGUCUUUCUCCAUUGCCUUACUCUUAGCUGCUUCUCAGUCGAUGUUGUACUUAGGAAAACAGAUUCAUAGUCAAUUACUAAGAACUGGAUUUUAUCAUGAUAAUUUUGUAAGAAAUUCACUAAUAGACAUGUACUGCAAAUGCGGCGAAAUGAGAAAAGCUUCAUUUGUUUUCAGUAAAACUCAACACUGGCUUCAGUGUCAGAUAGAGAAUACGGUGUCGUGGAGCUCAAUAAUUUCUGGGUAUGUUCAGAAGGGUAAUACUGAAGAGGCUUUUAAGCUCUUCCGCGAGAUGGUUCGUGAAGGAGUUGAGGUAAAUCAGUUCACCCUAACAAGUGUAGUUUCAGCCUGUUCUGAUGCAGCAUGUUUGGAGGAAGGUACACAAUUCCAUGCUUUCACUAAGAAACUAGGGCACCAACUUGAUGUUUUCUUAGUAUCUGCAUUGGUUGACAUGUACUCUAAAUGUGGAAGUGUGGAUGAUGCAAUAUCGAUGUUCUUCGAGAGUAGCCAUACGAGGAAUACUGUACUAUGGACGUCAUUGAUCUCUGGCUGUGGUUUGCAUGGUAAAGGCAGAAAGGCGAUUCGGCUUUUCGAGCUUAUGUUGAAGGAAGGGAUUAAGCCUAAUGAAAUUAGUUUUCUGGGACUCUUAUCUGGGUGUAGCCAUGCAGGGUUAUUUGAAGAAGGUAAAAAAUACUUUAGAAUAAUGAAAGAAGAUUACAGGAUAGUUCCUGGAGUGGAACAUUUUACUUGUAUGGUUGGUCUAUUAGCGCGAGAAGGAAAUUUAAAUGAAGCAAAGGAGUUUAUACAAGAAAACAGUAUCUCUCAUCUAAUUCCUGUUUGGAAAGCAUUCUUAGCUGCCUGCAAUGUUCAUAAAAAUGCCGAUAUGGCGGCAUGGGCUUCUGAGAAACUGCUUAAUUUAGAGCCAAAUGAUGCUGGGUCUUAUGUUCUUCUAUCGAACAUCUCAACAGAAAAUUACAGGUGGGAAGAUGCAGCCAAGAUUAGAAGUUUGAUGCAAAAUAAAGGGGUUAAGAAGACCUCUGGUCAAUCUUGGAUCCAACUGAGGAACUGGUAGACUGAGGGAGUUCCAAAACCGUCUCACUUGAGAUGUAAAAGAAGGACAGUCAGUUGUUCAUCUUUCUUUCUUGAUGAGGAACCUGUGGUUGGAUCGGUGAUAUCAUGAGUCCAUCACAACGGAGACCUAUUCGGGUAAUGAUACGUUGAAAGUGUACAGAGUGCUGCAUACAUCUAUCAGUCACAAAAUAACUGUAAGAGAUGCAUAUCAAUUACAUCAGUAUAAGCAUGCUGAGUAUUCUUCGGGUGGUAAACCAGAACCUUAUUGUUUCUCGUAUAAAUAGUUGUGGUGGUGUUCAGUUGGUCCAUUCAUGAACAAAAAUAUUGCAUAUCUGGCGACUCUUGCUUCAGAAGAUAAUUUCUGAAUUCCAGAACAG